UUAUUAUUCGUUCAUCCUGCGUACGGUCGACAGGCAGCGCGUGAAGAAGAGUGCAGUUACAGUGCAGUUUAACCCACGUAGUGCUAGAAAAGUGCUAGUUUCUACCGAAAAUGCGUACGCUAGCGGUUUUGUUUGCCGCCUUUCUGGCCGUUAACGCCAAGGUGUACUUUGAAGAAGGAUUCAAAGACGAUUCGUGGCAAAAGACCUGGGUCCAGAGCGAGCACAAGGGUGUCGAGUACGGUAAAUUUGUGCACACUGCCGGAAAGUUCUACAAUGAUGCCGAAGCCGACAAAGGUCUGCAAACGUCGCAGGAUGCCCGUUUCUACGCUCUGUCGAACAAGUUUACGCCGUUCUCGAACAAGGACGAUACCCUCGUCAUCCAGUUCUCCGUGAAGCACGAGCAGAACAUUGACUGCGGCGGUGGCUACCUGAAGGUGUUCGACUGCUCCGUGGACCAGAAGGAUCUGCACGGCGAGACGCCGUACCUGGUCAUGUUUGGACCGGAUAUCUGCGGACCGGGCACGAAGAAGGUGCACGUGAUCUUCAGCUACAAGGGCAAGAACCAUCUGAUCAACAAGGACAUCCGCUGCAAGGACGACGUGUUCACCCACUUCUACACGCUGGUCGUGCGCGCCGACAACACGUACGAGGUGCUGAUUGACAACGAGAAGGUUGAGUCGGGCAGCCUGGAGGAUGACUGGGACUUCCUGCCGCCGAAGAAGAUCAAGGACCCGGAAGCGAAGAAGCCGGAAGACUGGGACGAUCGCGCGACCAUCGCCGAUCCGGACGAUACCAAGCCGGAGGACUGGGACAAACCGGAACACAUCCCCGACCCAGAUGCCACCAAGCCCGACGACUGGGACGAUGAGAUGGACGGCGAAUGGGAGCCACCGAUGAUCGACAACCCCGAGUACAAGGGCGAAUGGAAGCCGAAGCAGAUCGACAAUCCGGCCUACAAGGGUGUCUGGGUGCAUCCGGAGAUCGACAAUCCCGAGUACGAGGAGGACAAGAGCCUGUAUCUGCGCGAGGAAGUGUGCGCCGUCGGCAUUGACGUGUGGCAGGUGAAGUCGGGCACGAUCUUCGACAACUUCAUGAUCACGAACGAUCUCGAGGAGGCGAAGAAGGUGGCCGCUAGCGUGAAGGAGACGCAGGAAGGCGAAAAGAAGGUUAAGGACGCCCAGGAGGCCGAGGAGCGCAAGAAGGCCGAAGAGGAGGCGGCUGCCGAAGAGGCUGCCAAGGAUGACGAAGAUGAGGACGAUGAGGAUGAUGCGGACAAUGCGCUGCCGGGUGAAGCGACCGAGCUGGAUGACGAGGGACACGAUGAGCUGUAAAGAGGGAGGCAAAUCAACUAACAGCAGCAACCGCCACAGGGCGGUUCCAUAGCGUGUUCCUAUGGAAUGCGGCAACCGGAGGAAGGAGAGGAGAGUUGUAGUAAACGGAAGAACAAAUCGACUGCCACAGAUACAAAGCGAGACGAGCUGGAGACGAGACCAAAACCAACGUACGAACAAUGAGGACUAAACGCAGUAGCAUUUCACUAACAACAGCAGACCAGGCGAAAUUGUAAAAGAGAACGCUUAGGAGAACACAAGUCAAGCAAUCUGGUUUAGGUAGCAGAUAACGUCCAGAGAGAAGCAACGGACUGAUGAGGAUAAACACUAGGUACACUUGAGAAAUGUGGCAGCAGCACUCCCUCAACUGCAGGAAUAUCAUCUCGAUGAAGAUAUCCUCUUACUAUGCGAGGCUCUGGAUUGAAGACACGUGUGGUUAUGGUUUUGUCCUGGCUACCUAUGAUUUACAACAUUUUUCGGUGUUCCACUGUACAGUAUGAACGCCCCUUUAUAGUUACUCGCCUGUGUUUGACUAUGUUCAAGUAGUCGUUUGGAUGUGGGCGUACGGGAGAACACACGCGAAUGGUUGAUUGGAAUGCGCAGGAUUGCCGAGUAAUCUCACACGCCUGUACCGUCGUCUCUCUCUUUUUCCUAAUUGCACGUGUCUAUCUAUUGAAUGCCGUGCAAGAGUCUCCGAUGAGGCAUGUACCGGGCGGCAGAAAGGGUUAUUGUUUUGUGGGUAUCGUUUUGUUUUAAUUCUAAUUCCCUAUAAGAGUGUAUCUGAGUUAGGUUUUUAAGAACAACAAGCAGGCAAUCGUACAGAUGUGUAAAAUAUGAAGCCCAUGGACAAAUAUCGACAGCUAGGUAACAACAGGAAGAAUCCUUGUUGAGCAAAUGCCGUGGUGUGUUAACGAAAAAAAAAACAAGAGUCAAAACGAGAAAAAAAAUAAAAUAAAAUUGAAAACAAUAA